UAUUUACGUUUGCGCCCGUGGAGCCACGCCCAGUCUCGCGGCGUUGAAAUGAGCCUCUUGCGUCAUGUGUCAUGUCAGACGCGCGAGCCGCUCACGCUCCUGACAGCUCGGUGUUGCCCUUCAGAUUUACCCCGCGGUGGACUGAAGCGCUGAAGGACUUCAGCUCCAUCGGUUUGUCGGGUGAAGAGCAGCGUUCAAUGGCUACCGCUCUGCUGAGGAGAAGCGCGUCUUCCACUCCAGCUCCACACGAGCCGUUUAACGCGCCUCUCACGGUCACGGUGCCCGAGACAGCGCACGGAGACGUUUUCAGACCUCAGGAGCGUCUCACAGGGAGGAACAGAUUUAAUGGCACCCCAGCAGAUCAGCACACUCUGAUGGACAAAUACAUGCCACCGCAGUUCCAGACCAUGCCAGAGCAUAAGAAGUAUAAUCAGAACGGUUUCAUGACCAUGGACCAAGGUGUACCUUACAGCAUCAACAUGAACGUCUUCCUGCCUGAAGUCCCGUACUUGCGUACUGGGCUCUGUCGACCGACAAGACCCACAUUGGCACCCCAAAUGAAACCAGAACCCAUGCAUACACUCAGCUACCCGAGCUGCCACAGCAAUGUGCAGUCAGCUCCUCCACCCUCAGAAUACACACACCACUUCAGCCCAGCCAGCGGGACGUGCAGCUCGGCGUUCAUCAAGCAGGAGACGUCGGAGAUGGACUACCAAGACGGUCAUCUAUUCCAACUUCUGAAUUCAGACCUAGACCCUGUAGUGCCUGGUCCCCACUCUGGCAUUUGCUCGUCCGUGUCAUCGUACAACAGCAUGAAUUCGUCCAUUUCUCCGAUAGCACGAAGAACCAUGUGUGAUAUGGGAAGUGGGUCCACACCUCCCGGUCACCUCGGUCGGCAUCAUCAGCAGCCGAGCGUGCCGUACCUUCCCCCCUCCCCCCCGAACUCCGAGCCCAGCAGUCCUGACAGGAGAAAAGAACUCUUACACAAGCUGUCGCCUCCUCCCUCCUAUGCUGCCAGUAUUGCAUGUAAACUGGUAGGGCCGGCUUUAGGCCCUCAAGCAGCUGUACCAGUACAAACACAAGCCAUGCCUGCCAGGCACAACCGAAGGAGCAAUCCUGAUCUAGAGAAGAGGAGGAUACAUCACUGCAAUGUCCCAGGUUGUAAGAAAGUCUACACCAAGUCUUCCCAUCUGAAGGCGCACUUACGGACUCACACAGGAGAGAAGCCGUACGAGUGCUCCUGGGAGGGCUGUGAUUGGCGCUUCGCCCGCUCCGAUGAGCUGACACGCCACUUCAGGAAGCACACGGGCGCUAAACCCUUUCACUGCCCGGUGUGUAGCCGCAGCUUCUCGCGCUCUGAUCACCUGGCCCUGCACAUGAAGAGACACCAGAGCUAGAACCACAAUGCCAUGCUGGCUUACAUGACUCACUCUCUUUCUGUCAGUAGAACUUGGGUGUGUUGUGUUUUCUUUGGUUUUGGCAGCUCAUGAGGCACAAGUAGUAAACGGUAUUGGCACUAGACCUGUAGCCUUGUGGAACACAACCACUACAUGGUGGGAAAUUAGCUGGGAGCUUUCAUUAGCUGUUUUUUUUUUAUUUUAGUAGUAGUACUAGUAGUAGUA